CGCUGCAGAUAAUGCAGUCAUUUAGUAGAAACAGGAAGCAGCAUUUGACGCAUGCGCCCUUUAAAUCUACGUCAGCUCUCAGCAGUUUUCUUCUCCACAGCCUAAAGGCGACGUGUCAUAUUUUCCUCUGGCUUCUCGUCGACUCCGCGUCGAAAAAAAGAUUGGACACCAUGGAUCAGGUUAUGCAGUUUGUUGAACCCAGUCGGCAAUUCGUCAAAGACUCCAUAAGACUGGUGAAAAGAUGCACAAAACCCGACAGAAAAGAAUUCCAGAAGAUUGCAAUGGCCACAGCGAUUGGGUUUGCCAUCAUGGGAUUCAUUGGCUUCUUCGUCAAGCUCAUCCACAUCCCCAUCAACAACAUCAUCGUUGGUGGUUGAAACCUGGAAAAAGCAAAGAUGUGAUUCGUUUCUGUGGACAGACGAUGGACUAGCGUGACGGCAUUUUUACAUUCUGAGCUCAACAUUUCUAUUUUGAUGUGUAAAUAAAAUCAGUUGAAGCCAAA